AUGUUUGCUUCAUUUAAGUUUUAUGUCCCACUUGCCGGUUUAUCCUUUGCCAUUGGCCCCCUUUUUUACAGCAAAGUUUCAUGCGAUAGUGAUGCCGCAAAUGGCAAAAACACCGGUCUUUUUUAUGAAAAAGGAACGGGAAUGCAUGUUCCAACGAAGCUUGUGCUUCAAAAUCAGUACAAGCUUCUAUCCGCAGCAGCAAGAAAAGUGACUUUUUUAAAGUUUUCCGUUUAUUCGAUCGGGAUUUAUGUGACCGAAAACGACGAUGCCAAGUCUUUUAAUACGUGCUCUGAUGCUGUUUCGAAGCAGUCGCUAGCCUUGCGACUGGCUCCCUCUCGCGCCACCACGGGGACGCAUAUGCGGGCAGGGCUUGAAAGGGCUCUGCUUCAGCAAUUGCAAUUGCAACUGCCUAAAGACACGUCGGAAAUAGUUUGUUUUUUAAUGCUGAUGAUGCUUCUUAGGAUCGGUGUAGGGACUCAAUUGCAGCGCUAA